AUGCUUCUAUCUACAGGAAAAAUCCUCAAAGGCAAAAAAGGAAGCUAUCAACUCCUAGAAGUCCUAAAAGUCUCCACAGUAUUCAAAGCCCAGUCCUUACACAUAAAUGCUGUCCGCAUCCCUCCAAUCUUUCUUCUUGAUGUGGUAGAAAACGAGAGGGAAUUCGAAAAUGAUAAUGUACAAUCGAACACGGCAUCUAAAAGUGAGAGCGAAAGUGAGAGUCAUUUCUACCUUAUUUUUGAAUGGAUGGAGAAUGAUCUAAAAUCCAUACCUUCUAGCCAAUUUCGAACUGGGUCUCUUCCGAAAAUCGUGGCAAAGUCGGUUUUGGAAGCAUUGGCUCUCAUACAAGAAAAAUUUAAGGCGAUUCAUACCGAUGUGAACCCAAAUAAUAUAUUUCUAUCCAAUAUUCGAGAACAGGAACCGGUGGUCAAAUUGGGGGAUUUGGGUAAUAGUAUGUAUGGUGUGUUUUAUUUGGCACAUUGGUUAUGCGGAACUCCAAUCUUCGGGCCCAAGGACAAGAUGGUCCAGGGCCUUACUGAGGCUUGGUGUAUUGCCAAAAUCCAACGUCUUGUUAGACCAGUGCAAGCCCCUAUCAAUCCAGACUACGAAGACGAAUUCUUGGUUGCAAACCACCUCGAAACAACUAUCUUCAUACAUCCGGAUACCAAUUUAAAGACGAGAUUUAUUAAAAAGGGUCCACUGCGUGAAGAACUUGGACGCCUACAAAAUCCGAAAGUACCGUCGGAAUUGAUGGAUUUUAUUGAGUACUUGUUGGUCGUAGAUCAUCGUAAAAGACCUACAGCUUCAGAGGCAUUGCUGCAUCCUUACCUUCAGUCUGCUUGGUGA